CCCUGAACAGCAUCCCCAUGACGAAGACGAAGAGGACGGCGCCGACGGCCGGGAUGGCCGGACUCAGAUUGGACGCCAGUGUUUGUACCCGGACGUUUUACGGAGACGGACCGAAACAGCAUGACGGUCGCGGAUGUUGGCGGAGACUCUGUUGUCAGAACAAACCGUGAUACUGAUGAAAAGGACGGACAUCAUGUGUUAAAAGGUGCGGUGUUUCUGACCACAGUGGCCUCGGCGGGGAUGAUCGCUGGGUUCGGCUCCACGCUGGCGCUGGCCAAGAAGAAGAGCCCAGAGUGGUUCAGUAAGGGUGUGGCAGCGACAGCCGUGGCCCCCGAGUCCGGGGCCUCCCUGGCCCUCAGAGCGCUGGGCUGGGGCUCCCUGUACGCCUGGUGUGGAGUGGGUCUGCUCAGCGUCGCCGUGUGGAAAGCUCUCGGCAUCCACAGCUUGGCAGAAUUCAGACAGAAGAUGGAGUCGUUCUUCCCGGCCAUCCCGAGGAAUCCAGAGGCCGCAGCCGGAUCAGAACCGCUGGACUGGGACGCCAUCUUAGGGUCCAAACCACAGGGAUCAGCCAGAGACUGAAAACCAUUCUGACCCUGUGGAGAUUUUACAGCUGGGAAAUGUAAAAUUAUGAAGAUAAAGUCAUACCAGAACAAUAACAGUCACAUAUUGUAAAUAAAAAAUAUUUAAAUGUUGUGAAAUUUUAAGUUUUAUGGAGGAUUUUUUUCUGAUAUGUGUCAAACUUAAGGCCCGGGAGCCAAAUCUGACUCACCAAAGCUACUUAUGUGGCCGUCUAAUCUCCAAAGGAACACAUAGUAGAACCUUCAAGAAAACAUUUGUGUUUAAAUGUUUUAUCAAGUUACCAGUUUAAAGGCAAAUCACAUUAAUCAGUCCCUCCAGAUUUUUGUGAUCACACAAAAUCAACAAACCUCUGCAAAUGUUACGCAAGUAUUGCCUUAUUUGAUGUCAAGUUAUUUCCUCCAAUUAAUACGGCAAGUAACAAAAAGUCAAACAACAAUUUUAUCAGUAAUUUUGAUUGAAAAAAAAUUACAAAAUUGAUCAUGAAAUGGUGGUGGGACUGAUCAAUGUGACUUAUAAAUAGGCAUGAUUUUUUGAGUGUAAAGUUGCAAGCAAGAAUAGUAAAACUAAGGAAUAUAACUAAAGAUGAAUGCAGAUUUUUACAUUUUUGGAAGAAAAAGUUAGUGCUUCAGCAUUAGCUUCUUCUGAAUACUAUGUUGUUGUAGCGCUAUAGUGUUAGCAGAUCUAAUGUUCACGAUUCAUGUUUUAGAGUUAGCACAGCUAACUUUUUAGUUAGCGGUGCCCACCACAGGUUUUCAGCAACUGCAUGGAGUUCCUCAGGGCUCGAUGCUCGGUUCCAUUGGGUUUACCAGAUAUUUCUGGAGAAAAACACUUUGAGACUUGAAAAAGAUUAUCCUGAUUUUUCCAACUUAGGAAAAGUCAAGAAUGGUAA